GGGAAGUCACCUUAUCAAAUGCGUAUUGUGGCAUUUUAGCGUUUUCCCUGUGACAGUGACAGGAUCGCUGUCUUCCUCGAAUCACCAUGGUGUUCGAGUCUUUAGUCAGUGAUCUCUUGAACAGAUUUAUUGGAGAUUAUGUGGAAAACCUGGACAAGUCGCAGCUCAAGAUUGGCAUAUGGGGUGGAAAUGUUGUGUUAGAAAAUCUGAAGGUGAAAGAGAAUGCUUUGAGUGAGUUUGAUGUCCCUUUUAAAGUCAAGGCUGGUCAAAUUGGUAAACUGACUCUGAAGAUCCCUUGGAAGAACCUUUACAAUGAGGCAGUGGUGGCUACGUUAGAUGGUUUAUACCUUCUGGUGGUUCCCGGAGCAACAAUUAAGUAUGAUGCAGUUAAAGAAGAACGUUACAUGCAGGAGGCCAAGCAGAGGGAGCUUCAGCGUAUUGAGGAAAACCUGCAGCUGGUCGCACGCAGAGAGAAGCCUCUGGAAGAGAAGAAGGAUACAUUUGCAGAGAAACUGGCUACACAAGUAAUCAAAAACCUCCAGGUCAAAAUCACCAGCAUUCACAUCAGAUAUGAGGAUGAUGUGUCAGACCCUCAGAGACCUCUGGCUAUGGGCAUGACUCUUUCAGAACUCAGUCUACAGACCACUGAUGAGAACUGGAAGACAUGUAUUCUAAAUGAAGCAGCCAAGAUCAUCUACAAGCUGGGGCGCUUGGAUUGUUUUUGUGCCUAUUGGAAUGUCAACGGCCCAAUCUUCUACAAAGGCUCCUGGGAGGAGAUAGUGGACAGAAUGAAAGCAGGCAUAAGCAACAAAAAUGAGGAACUGCAAGGCUAUCAAUACAUUUUCAAACCUAUCUUUGCCUCUGCAAAGAUGUGCAUCAACCCUAAUGCUGAAGUUGAGCUGAAGUCACCCAAAGCGAACCUGCACCUUGAGGUUCAGAACAUCGCAAUUGAGAUGACCAAGCCUCAGUACCUGUCUAUGGUGGAUCUGCUGGAGUCCAUAGACUGUAUGGUGAAGAACGGCCCGUACAGGAAGUUUAGACCUGAUGUUCCAGUCUACCGAAACGCAAAGCAGUGGUGGAAAUAUGGGAUCAGCAGUAUACUGGAAGUUCAUAUCAGACGAUUUAAUAAGAUGUGGAACUGGAACAACAUCAAGAAGCACAGGCACACGCUUAAGGCGUACAAAGCUGCAUACAAAGUCAAACUCACACAGGGCAAAGUCCGUGAGGAGUCAGAGAAACAGAUCCAUGAGCUGGAGAAAGUUCUGGAUGUGUUCAACAUUGUAUUGGCCAGACAGCAAGUUCAAAUGGAGGUGGUUCGUUCUGGGCAGAAGGUUGUUCCCAAAAAGGCAGCCACUCAGAAACAGAGUGGAGGAGGGUUCUUCAGCAGCUUUUUUGGCAGGAAAGAAGGGAAGAAAGAGGAGGAGGAGGAUAAAGAACCAGAGAGUUUAGAUUCCGUUAUGACUCCUGAAGAGAAAACUAAACUCUACACAGCCAUUGGCUACAGUGGGAGCUCACAUAACCUUGCCUUACCAAAACACUAUGUAGCAGUGAUUGUCACCUUUAAACUGUUGAGCACCUCCGUAACAUUCCGAGAGGAGCCCGGUGUUCCAGAGAUCCUCAAAGUGCAAAUGGUCGACCUCAGUACAGCCAUCUCACAGAGACCAGGAGCACAGGCCAUCAAAGUGGAGGCUAAGCUGGAGCACUGGUACGUGACUGGUCUGCAGCAGCAGGGUGAAGUGCCGUCCCUCAUAGCAUCAGUGGGAGACUCCGAUUCCUCUCUGCUCAGUGUGCUAUUUGAGCUCAAUCCAGAGAACAGCACCGCUGAUCAGCUCAUCAGAGUCCACUCACAGCCCGUAGAGAUCAUCUAUGAUGCUCUGACUGUUAUCAGCAUCACAGAAUUCUUUAAGACGGGGAAAGGAGUUGACCUGGAGGUCAUCACCUCAGCAACUCUCAGCAAACUUGAGGAGAUCAAAGAGAAGACAGCCAGUGGUUUGUCUCACAUCAUUGAGACACGUAAGGUUCUGGACUUGAGGAUCGAUCUGAAACCCUCCUACCUGCUGCUGCCCAAAUCUGGCUUCUAUGACGGCAAAUCAGACCUCAUGAUCGUUGAUUUUGGUAACCUGCAGUUGAACAGCAUAGAUCAGUGCAGUCAUCAGCAGGUAUCUGCCAGUUUUUCAUCACUAGAGGAGAUCAUGGAUCGAGCAUAUGAAAGAUACUCCUUGGAGCUUCGUAGUGUCCAAAUACUCUACAGCAAAUCAGGAGAGAAAUGGAAGAAUGCUCGUCUUCAGGGGUUCUCCCAUCAGCACAUCUUGCAACCAAUGGACUUCACUCUUCAGCUCGCCAAAUGUAUGGUGGACAAAGAUUCCCGAAUGCCCAGGUUCAAAGUAUCUGGGGAGUUGCCAUUGCUGCACGUUAAGAUCUCUGAUCAGAAGAUCCAGGGUGUUCUGGAGCUGGUGGAAAGUAUUCCACUCCCACAAACGUCAACCCCCCCUACCACCCCAACAGAAAAGGUGUUGGGAAUGUCACUUUCGAAUGCCAGGCCAAAAGUAUUGGGUUUAGACCCCUCAGUUAUGUCCUAUACUAUUGAGUCAGACUCUGAAGACACCAGUGAGAAGUCUGUAGAUGAAGACACUCUAAGAUCAACCCUAGAGGAGUUGACUGAAGUGCAGUUUCAGUUUGAAGUCAAAGUGGUGUUGUUGGAGCUAACAAGGCAGGCUGCUCAAGAGGAUGUAGUGCUGGCGCUGAGUGUGUCUCACCUGGGUGCAGAGGGAAAGAUACGAACUUUCGAUCUCUCGAUCACAUCUUACCUCCGCAAGUUCAGCCUGGACUACUGUGAGACAAGAGAUGCACAAAAUCAGCCACUUCAUCUGAUUACCUCUUUAGACAAGCAUGGCUCUGAUCUGUUGAAAGUGGAGUACAUCAAAGCUGAUGUGAAUGGACCGAGCUUCAACACCUUAUUUAAUAACACAGAACAGACACUGAAGGUGGAGUUUUCCUCACUAGACUUCCUGUUGCACACUCAAGCGUUGCUGUCUACCAUCAACUACCUGAACAUGGCAGUACCACAGGAGCUAACGGCCUCUAAAGAUAGAGAGAUCAAAAGACAGGCUGAGAGAGCAGCUGUGGGGAAAACAGUGUCGAAGGGUUCGAAGGACUCUGGUGUUGUGAACUUUAAGCUGUCUGCCAUGCUGGACUCCUUCAGAGUGUCUGUCUGUGAUGACAGAAGCAACAUUGCUGACAUCAGAGUCCAAGGCAUUGAUGCAUCUGUGGUGGUCCAGGCAAAAGAAACGGAUGUGUUUGCCCGCCUGCGUGACAUUGUGGUUCUUGAUGUGGACCCAAAGACCAUCCAUAAAAAGGCAGUGUCAAUCGUUGGGGAGGAGGUGUUCAGCUUCAAGAUGACUCUGUACCCUGGGGCCACUGAAGGGGAGGGCUACUCUGACACCUCUAAAGUGGAUGGGAAAGUGACCCUGAGAUUGGGCUGCAUCCAGAUCGUCUACCUGCACAAGUUUCUUAUGUCUUUAUUGGACUCUUUUAGCUAUCAGUACCCCUCUGCUGAUGAGACGUUUGUGGAUAACUUCCAAACAGCCAAAGAGGCUCUCAGUGCUGCCACGGCUCAGGCAGCAGAGAAAGCAGCUUCCAGUGUGAGAGAUUUUGCUCAGAAGAGUUUCAGACUUGCCAUGGACAUCCGACUUAAGGCCCCCCUUAUCAUCAUCCCUCAGUCCUCCACAUCCCAUAAUGCAUUUAUGAUUGACCUGGGUCUCAUCACUGUAGGAAACAGCUUCUCUCUGCUGGCAGCUGAGGGCUUCCCCUUGCCUGCCGUUUUGGAGACCAUGGACAUAAAACUCACACAGCUCAAACUAUCCAGGACUGUUCUGAGUAAUUAUUCUGCACAUCCGGAUAUUGAGAUUCUGGAGCCCAUAAAUCUAGAGCUUCUUGUGAAGCGUAAUUUGUCCGCCUCCUGGUUUAAUAAGAUCCCGGGAAUGAAGGUCAAAGGAGUACUUAAGUCAAUGAAUAUGACUCUUGGUCAGGAGGAUAUUGGGGUCCUUAUUAGAAUCCUGGCAGAGAACAUUGGCGAGGGAAGCAGGGCUGCUUUGGUGGAGGAAAUUAAGCCUUCUACCAAAGAUGAAGCUGUUAUGGGUGAAGAACUUCAAGAGGCGCUUUCAUCUGGAACAGGGUGUCAACCUGCAAUCACCAAUGGGGCAUUCAGUGAAAAUGUUGUCAGUGUUCUCCUCAAUUUUGAGAUCAAAGAGGUUAUGCUGAAGUUAAAAAAGUCCAAAAACGGUAAGAGUGGGGAAGAAUGUCCAUUUUUGAUCCUGAAUGCUGCUCUACUUGGAAUUGACACCAAAGUUCGAAAAUAUGACAUGGAGGCCACCACAUACAUUAAAACAAUUUCCAUGAAGUGCCUUGAAUUCCCAGAUUCAAAUGGGGAGCCUCUCUGUAUUAUCAGUUCCUCGGCAGAAUCAGGAGCUGAUCUUCUUGAAGUGAAGUAUUCUAAGGCUGACCGAAAUGGGCCCAACUUUGCAAGUGUUUACAAGAAUACGGAGCAGAUGAUUAAUGUGAUGUUCUCCUCUCUUGAUUUGAUGUUGCAUACUGAGGCUCUUCUCUCUACCAUGGACUUCCUGUCUGCUGCCCUGUCCUCCAGCAGUCUGCCCUCACCAGAGAGAGAGAGCAAAAAGAGUGAAGAUAUGAGAACUACCUCAGCCAAAUCUACUCUCAGCUCUCCCUCUGAUGGUGACAUAAUUGACCUGAAGGUAAACAUGCAGCUAGGUGCCUUUAAUGUGCUGGUGUGUGACCAGAAGAGCAACAUGGCCGACAUCAAGAUUCAAGGUUUGGACGGUUCUCUUCUAAUGCAGGGAACUCAGACAUACAUGUCCACUCGUCUCCGUGACUUCAUCGUUAUCAAUGUGGAUCCUAAAACAAUUCACAAUAAGGCCAUCUCUAUUGUAGGCGAUGAGGUGUUCAGCUUUAGUAUGAGCCUAACACCCAAAGCCACUGAGGGGGCUGCAUACACAGAUACUUCAAAGGUUGAUGGCAAAGUGAAACUCAACGUGGGAUGCAUUCAAGUGGUUUACCUCCACAAAUUUUUCAUGUCAUUGCUUAAUUUUAGUAAUAACUUCCAAACAGCCAAAGAGGCUCUCAGUGCUGCCACUGCUCAGGCAGCAGAGAAAGCAGCUUCCAGUGUGAGAGAUUUUGCUCAGAAGAGUUUCAGACUUGCCAUGGACAUCCGUUUGAAGGCCCCCCUUAUCAUCAUCCCUCAGUCUUCUGCAUCCCAUAACGCUGUGGAGGCAGACCUGGGUCUCAUUACUAUAGGAAACAGCUUCUCUCUGCUCCCAGUGGAGGGUUGUCCACUGCCUGCUGUCAUAGAUAAUAUGGAUAUAGAGCUCACUCAGCUAAAACUAUCCAGAAUUUCAAUGGAGCAGGAAUUAAAUCAGCCUAGUUCAAAACUGUUGGAGCCAGUUAACCUGGUUCUUUCCGUUAAACGUAAUCUGGCAGCAUCAUGGUACCAGAAGAUGGCUGCCAUAGAGUUGGAUGGAGAUCUGAAGCCCAUGAAGGUGGCCCUGAGUCAAGAUGAUCUGACUGUACUGCUGCGGAUUCUGAUGGAUAACAUCGGAGAGGCAAGCAGUGUUCAACCUGAUACACCAAUCAGCUUCAAACAAGAGACUGUGCCUGCCAGAUCACGCACACAAACUGGCUCUGAGAUUCCUGUAGAAAAGCUAUCUGAAAUAAAGCAGAAGGAGGAUGAGCUGCUGGAGAGUGUCAAAUUCAACUUUAAUGUAGAAUCACUUAGCCUUACGCUGUAUAAUAAUGAUCCCACACAGCUCUCUGUACAUGAGGAGCAGUUGUGUUUAGGGGAAUUCAUGCUGUGUAAAAUGAAGACUUCGGGCAAAAUGUUUAAUAAUGGCAAUCUGGAGGUCUCCACCAUCCUCACCACAUGCACAUUGGAUGACAGGAGGAGUGGGAUUCAGAGAGUCACAUCCAGGAUGUUGGGAAGGCGUGAGGAGGCGACAUCGGAGCCCAUGAUUGAUGUGACAUACUCUCAGAGUGUAGAUGAGUGCUCCGUGGUUGCUGUGCUACAGAAGCUCUAUCUGUGUGCCAGUGUGGAGUUCCUAUUAGCUGUUGGUGACUUUUUCAUGCAAGCCUUGCCCACGAGCCCACCCACACAGCGAGACAAAACCAAUAAACUUCUUCUCAAACACGUCUCAGAGCCCAAAAUUCAGAGUGAACCUAGAGCAGUCCCAGCUAAGAAAACCAGAUUGCGGGCUGUUGUGGUGGACCCAGAGGUGGUGUUUGUGGCUAACCUGAUGAAGGCAGAUGCUCCUGCACUGGUGGCUUCAUUCCAGUGUGACUUCAGUCUGCUGUCAGAAGAGGCUGGUCAGGCCAUGAAGGCCAAAGUUGGAAGCCUCAAAGUGCUCGCUUGCCCCUUCAUUAGGACAGAGCGUGACAAAGCCGUGACCACUGUGCUGAGGCCAUGUUCUGUUGAACUUGAGACCAAAAUGCCAAUCAAUGCCCCAUUAACUGGUUUAGUUACUGUAGAGGAGGUCAUUGUAAAAAUUUCUCCAAUCAUUCUGAACACUGUCAUUACCAUCAUGGCGGCCAUAACACCUAAACCGAACGAAGAGCCGUCACAGCAGACUCCUGACGACCUGAGCAGCCUCUGGUCUGUGAGGAACAUUGAUAAUGCUAACUACUGGUUCCUGGGUGUGGAUGCUGCCUCUGAGGUGACUGAGAGCUUCACAGAUGUGGACAGCAGUAAGGAUGGAGAGAGUUUUGGGGUGGAAGUAAAGGUGGUGCAGGUUACACUGGAGUCUGGUUUGGGACAUCACACUGUUCCACUGCUGCUUGCAGAAUCUUCAUUCAGUGGCAGCGCUCAGAACUGGUCAUCAUUGCUCAGUGUCUCUGCAGAUAUGUCGCUGGAGGUGAAUUACUUUAAUGAGACUCAUGCAGUAUGGGAGCCACUACUUGAGAGAGUGGACAAUGGGAAACGGAGGUGGAACCUCAAAUUUGAGAUGAAGAAUAACCCUGUUCGUGAUAAAAGUCCAGUACCUGGGGAUGAUUUUAUUAUGCUGCCAGACCCUCGCACAGCCAUCACCAUAUGUUCCAAAGACACCAUGAAUAUCACAGUGUCCAAGUGCUGCCUCAGCGUCUUCAACAACCUGGCUAAGGCUUUCUUUGAGAGCACAGCCUCCACGUUUGACCACUCUCUGAAGGAGAAAUCCCCCUUCACCAUUCGUAAUGCAUUAGGCAUUCCCCUCAUUGUUCAGCACAGUUCUAACCUGCUAUUGGCUGGCUCUUCUUCAUUGGGUAAACUGCAUGAAGUGGCUGUGGAUAAGAGUGUGGAUUUAGAGCAUUCCACCUUUGAGCGAUCAUCACGACUUUCUGCCCUGCAGAGGCAGGAGAGCUGCCUGUUCAAUCUCAGUAUAGUUCCCUCAGGUUACAGUGAGAUUUCAAAUAUUCCACUGGGUAAGCCUGGCCGCAGACUGUAUAAUGUGCGUGGACCCAUGCAACAGGAGGCUGUGUCUGUACUGCUUCAGAUCGAUGCAAGCGAGGGCAACAAAGUGAUCACAGUACGCUCCCCCCUACAGAUAAAGAACCAUUUCUCAGUGCCAUUUGCCAUUCUAAAGUAUUCUUCUGAGCUUGGAGGGAUGGUGAAUGUUGGGGUUGCUAAGCCUGAGAAGGAGUGUCACGUUCCCUUAGAAUCUUACAGGAGUCAGUUGUUUUUGCUGCCUGUCGGUCAUUUGGAAGAUCAGUAUCGUGCAUCAUCCACAUACAUCACAUGGAAGGAGCAGGUGCAUGUGAGCUCAGAGGUUCAUGCAGUACUGCAGUGCCCUGCGAUAGAGAGCAGCUUCCUGCCAUUGGUGGUGAACACGCUGGCUGUGCCCGAUGAUCUGAGCCACAUCGCCAGCCAUGGGGAAGGGGACUGGGACCCUGCUUAUAUCAUCCACCUGCACCCAGCUGUUACUAUCAAAAACCUGCUUCCUUACUCAAUACGCUACCUGCUGGAGGGUUCCCCUGACUUCUAUGAGCUUCAGGAGGGCAGUAUGGCGGAUGUACUGAACUCCCACAUUAACGGUGAAAUAAUGGAGCUUGUGUUGAUGAAGUACCAAGGCCGUAACUGGAGCGGCCGUAUAAAGAUUAGCCAAGACAUGCCCGAGUUCUUUUCUGUUUGCUUCACCUGCGACACCUCCGAGGGGUUGACUGUGGAUGUGUGUGUGCAUGUGUCUCGCUUGAGUGGCAAAAUGGUCCUUUCUGUCUACAGUCCAUAUUGGAUCAUCAAUAAGACGUCUCGUGUCCUGCAAUACCGUUCUGAGGACACCUGCGUAAAACACCCAUCCGACUUCAGAGAUGUCAUUCUGUUCUCCUUCAAAAAGACAAAUUUUUUCAGCAAGAAUAAGUUGCAGCUCUGUGUGUCCACCAGUUCCUGGUCGGAAGGCUUCUCCCUGGACACCGUUGGCAGCUAUGGGUGUGUGCGCUGUCCAGACAAGAGUGGGGACUACCUGGUGGGGGUCAGCAUCCAAAUGAGCAGCUUUAACCUGACACGGAUCGUAACCAUGAGUCCCUUCUACACGCUGGUCAAUAAGUCCUUGUUUGAGCUGGAGGUGGGAGAGGUGCAAAACAACAAUAGUUCCAGCAACAAGUGGCACUACAUCUCCUCCACUGAGUGUUUGCCUCUGUGGCCCGAGUCCAGCACAGGGAAGCUAUGUGUACGAGUUGUGGGAUCCGAAUCUACCUCCAAAUCGUUCUUUUUCAAUAAGCAGGACAACGGCACUCUACUGCGCAUGAAUCAGUAUGGGGGUGUGAUAGUGGAUGUGAAUAUCUCAGACCAUUCCACUGUCAUCAGCUUCACUGAUUACUACGACGGAGCUGCUCCUGCUCUUGUUGUGAACCACACACCCACGGCCACUGUCAACUUCAGACAGAGAGGAUGUGAGGAAUGUUGGGCUCUGAAACCAGGUGAAGUUCAGUGGUUUGCUUGGGAUGAUCCAGCAGGCGUGAGGAAGCUUUGCUGGAGCUGUCAGGACAACACAGGAGAACUGGACCUUGUGAAGGAUGAGUGUGGGCAGUUCGCAUACGAAAGCUUAGUGCAGAUACAUUGGGUGUCUUUCCUGGAUGGCCGACAGCGGGUGCUGAUCUUCACUGAGGAUGUGGGCAUAGUGACGAAGGCACGGCAGGCAGAAGAGCUGGAGCAGUUCCAGCAAGAAGUCAACAUCUCAUUACAGAACUUAGGCCUGUCACUCAUCAACAAUGACAUCAGACAGGAAAUAGCAUACGUUGGCAUCACCAGUUCUGGUGUGGUUUGGGAGAUGAGACCGAAGAACCGUUGGAAGUCCUUUAACCACAAGAACAUCGGGCUGUUAGAGAAAGCAUACCAGAGCCACAUCAGCAGCAAGAGUGAACAAGGCUGGAUUAAACUGGAAACUGGCUUAGAGGUGAACUUUGAAAGGGUGCCCAUGUUGAUGAGACAGCCAUUUUCCUGCACUAUCAGAAGAAACUUCCUGCCUGGCAUUUAUGUUGAGUUUAAACAAUCACCACAUCAGAGGAGUUUACGUGCUCAACUGUACUGGUUACAGGUGGAUAACCAGCUACCCGGAGCCAUCUUUCCCACUGUGUUUAAUCCUGUUCCUCUUCCAAAAUCUAUUGUUCAGGACUCAGAGCCAAAACCAUUUAUCGAUGUUAGCAUCAUCACAAGGUUUAAUGAGCACAGCCAAGUCAUGCAGUUUAAGUACUUCAUGGCAUUAGUGCAGGAGAUGGCAGUGAAGAUCGAUCAGGGAUUUUUGGGGGCAAUUCUUGCCCUGUUCACCCCAGCCAAUGAUGCUGAGGACUGUAAAGAGAAGAAUAAGCUGAUAGAGAAGGAUCUGCAGGCUCUGCAGGCACAGCUGAUGGAGAGCUCCAUGACAGACACCUCGGGCCUGAGCUUCUUUGAGCAUUUCCACAUCUCUCCUAUUAAACUGCAUCUGAGUCUGUCUCUGGGCUCUAGCGGAAAUGAUUCAGAGCAGGGUGAUAUGGUUGCAAUCCAGUCCGUCAAUCUCCUGCUGAAAAGCAUCGGGGCAACACUCACUGAUGUAGACGAUCUGAUCUUCAAACUGGCUUACUUUGAGGUGAAAUAUCAGUUCUACCGGCGAGAGAAACUGUUGUGGGCGGUGAUCAGACACUACACUGAACAAUUCUUGACCCAGAUGUACGUGCUGGUUUUGGGUCUGGAUGUUCUUGGAAAUCCAUUCGGGCUGAUCCGCGGCUUAUCAGAAGGAGUGGAGGCUUUCUUUUAUGAGCCCAUCCAGGGGGCUGUUCAAGGACCUGAGGAAUUCGCCGAAGGAUUUGUUAUUGGUGUACGUAGUUUACUGGGCCACACAGUAGGGGGCGCAGCUGGGAUGGUGUCUCGCAUAACAGGUUCUGUAGGCAAAGGAUUGGCUGCCAUCACCAUGGACAAAGAGUAUCAGCAGAAGAGGAGAGAGGAGAUGAACAGACCCACUAAAGAUUUUGGAGAGAGUCUAGCUAAAGGGGGCAAGGGUUUCCUCAAGGGAGUGGUUGGUGGAGUAACAGGAAUUGUGACCAAACCGGUGGAAGGGGCAAAGAAAGAGGGGGCUGCAGGCUUCUUCAAGGGCAUUGGGAAAGGCCUAGUUGGAGUGGUGGCCAGACCUACAGGGGGCAUCAUAGACAUGGCAAGCAGCACUUUUCAGGGCAUUCAGAGGGUGGCAGAAUCGACCGAGGAAGUGACUAAGUUAAGGCCAGUUCGUCUCAUACGAGAGGAUGGCAUCGUACGGCCCUACGACCACGAAGAGUCGGAGGGCUAUGACCUCUUUCAGAGGUCUGCGAUUAAACAGUUGGAUGGCGAGCUCUUCAGAGAACACUACGAGUACCCUGGGCACAGAAAAACAAAUAUCAUUAUCACUAACAGGCGAGUGAUGUGUGUUAAGGAGAUCGAUUUGAUUGGACAUUUCAAUAAAGAAUGGGAAUGUCAGUUUGAGAAUUUCCAAAGGCCUCCAUGUGCAGAGCAAGGAGAUUUGAAGAUAUAUUACCGGGAACAGAACAAACUGAACAAAAUUAGAAAGGAUGGUCAGGAGCUUGUGAGAGUGAUACACUUGAAACAUGCACAGACGGCAGAGAAACUGCGAGAGGGUAUCGAGAAUGCCAAGUCUGCACGUCAGCAAUAUCAGAUGGCACGGCAGAAAUCGCAACGCUUCUUCAAGGGGGGUAACACCUGAAUCUGUCAAUUCAUCGACGUAAACAUACUGCUGCCUAAAAUAGGUGUCCAAAUUCUUUUAGAUUUACAGUCUUUGUGUUUAAAAAUAUUUUUUGGCAAAUGUAUUAUUGAAACUCACUGAAGUUUUGAAUGUAUCACUGCAUUUUUGGAUUAUCACUGAAUGUAAACACUUUGCCUUAAGUUGUGUUAUUUUGUUUGGGGUCUGGGGGGUUGAAAGAUGAUGGGAGAGAACAAUUUAAAUUAUUUUGUUAAUGGAAUACUUGUAAUAACUAGUACUACUCUUUAAUGUACAACUGAAAUGCACAAUGUUAUGCUAGUCCAGCUCACUUAAUUUCUCAAGGGAAAAGCUGGCACCCUCAUUCACUUUUCAGUAUCAUCUUGCCAGAACACUAAAUCCUCGGGUGUUACAUACAUUUACACAAUAAUGACAUAAAACACACACAUGAGACAUAAAAAUUGUUAUGGGUGAUAUUUGUGCUCUCCACUCACCUCAUUUUAUUUAACCUCCCUUGAACAAUAAGCAAUUUACUAGAGAAACAUGUUGUAUUAUGAGGAUAAAGUGAAAGUGCUGUAUGUGUGAGUCCAGAGAAUCUGUUCCAGAGCCUGUUCAAAUGGCAGGCCACAUCUUACGCUUAAGGUGGAGUCUAUGAUAAGAGAUUAACUCAACCUCUUACUUGUAUGUUUGAAAGUAACCAAGACAGAAAUAAAGGGUUUGUGUUUGUGUCUUUAUGGCAAGGUAAGAUGUACUGCAAGUUCUUCCUACAUAAUGUCACUACAAUCUGUUCCACACUUUUUCCUGAAUGAUGUAAACUGAAUGUAGUGCAUUAUUUGGGAGCACCUGGCAAUGGAUUCCAUCUACAGUAUGUUGCUAAGUAACUGCUUCCUGAAUGUGGGUGCAGAUGACCUUCUUGGCCUGGUGUGGGCAGGAAAGGAGAAGUUGGUUAUCCCAUGCCCUUCACUGUGGGUCUUUCCAUGUCCUAUUUCCUAUGCAUCAGUAGACCAGACACACACCCACAGGCCAGUGCCACUGUGUAGACUGUAAUAAAUGUAUAAUUGAUACACAGCUGAAGAUGCAAAAAAUGUAUUAAUUACGCCAGUCUUGCAGCUUUAUACAGACUCAGGCAAUGCUUUCCAACAAAGGGAAAAGAAAUUGUGUAUUCAAGUGUCCUAUUAAAUGAUGAUGUCUUUGUUCUUGCACCCCUAUGGCAGAAAGUAUUUGACUGAUUUGCAUUACCAAAAACUAUACUUCUAUGUAGUCACAGAGAUUUCAGCCUUUGCUAAACAAUUGCCCGAUAUCAUUAGACAGUAGAUCUAAUCUUGUCCUGGUAACCCAUAGCACUGCAGAUUUUGGAUACUAGAUUCACACCUAGAUGAGUUCAUGGAGCACUCUGCUAAUAAACUGAUGAUUGGAAUUUGGUAUGAUACCGUGAAUUAGGAAGACAGCCAGCAUUUGCUGGGCUCUGGGUUCCCAGGACCAGGUUUAAAAUCCACUACUCUUGAUAAAAGGUCCUUUGUGAUGGUGUGUCCUUUAAAUGUGAUUACGUCCUUUCGCACUUCAAAACUUUCCUAAGGUUUAGGUGAGCUUGCUAAUAUACAGGCAGCACAAUAAGAUUAUGUAAUGUUUGAUAAAGCAUCAGUCUCAUGCAAUAUUCCAAGUUCAAUACAAGUUAAGCUCAUUAUGUUGAUUACUACAAAAAUUUAUUUUGUCCCUUCCAUUUCUAAAAAAAAAAAAAAAGGCAAUAAAGCAAGGAUACAGUGUGCACACAUACAAUGGAAAUGAAUGGGGCCCAUUUUUGGAGGGUUUAAGGUAAAAAUGUGAUUUUUUUUUUUUUUUUUUUUCACCAAAAUCAUUUGACUUAAUCCUUCCUUGUUCAUAUUACAAAAAAAAAUUUUAACAAGUGGACUUACACUGAUGAGCCAAAACAUUAUGACCACCGGCCUAAUGGGUCUUUUCCACUGCACGGUACGGCUCGGCUCGAAACAACUAGACUCGCUUUUUGGGGGGUUUCCACUGUGGAUAGUACCUGGUACUUUUUUUAGUACCACCUUGGAGCAGUCAAAGUUCCAGGUGAGCCAAGAUGAUACUAAAUGUGACUUCAAAACCCUGCAGAUCACUGAUUUGUCUGAGAGAAUCAUCACUACCAGUGUCACUGGAUUUGCGACGGGACAUCAACCCGCUAGUUUUAAAGUUAGCAACCGAGAUAGCAGUAUAAUUUGUUCACGCAACUUUUGAAUUGUAAAAUGAAACGGCUGUGUGCAAAAUCAUGCUGUGGUCAAUAAACGAGGUGCAGACGUUCUUCUCAUUAGUGACGGGAAAAUUACACGAAAUGAAAGUCUUUCAGGAAGUGUCUCAGCUGUUGGCCACACAUGGCUACCACCAGACCUACCAACAGUGUAGGGAAAAUAAAAAAAAAACAUCAGAACCAUCAAGGACCACAACAGCCAGAGUGGUUCGACCAAAUGGAUGCGAUCUAUGGCAAUAGAUCGGCGAGCAAUGGGAGGGAGAGUGCCCUGGAUUUCACGAUGGAGGAUGAUAUGUUUUGUUAUGUUAACUCUAUAUUCUGCUUGAAAGCUUCACUUUAUUUAGUUGACCAUCUACUGGAAAGCUUCUAAAACAACCAGGCCAAUUGUUACACUUGUGUAAAAUCACCAUGCAACAACUGCUUUAUGCAGCACAAUGAGUUAUUAGCUAACAGCUAGCAGUCGUGUUAUUGUUUAUGGUCAGUAAUGUUUGUGUCACGUUUAAGAUGAUGUCACAGCAGUAGAGGCGGCGCAACUAUGACGAUCAGCCUAUAAUCCCACCCAUGUUGAGGCGGCACUUAACUACAGUGGAAAGCAAACUCAGAAAAGUAAAAUGAACAGAGUUGAGUCGAACCGUAACGUGCAGUGGAAAAGUGCCAUAAUAUGCUAUUGGUCCUCUGCGUGCCAUCAAAACAGCACCAACUGGCCAACGCAUGGACUCUACAAGACCCCUGAAGGUGUCCUGUGUUAUCUUGCACCAAGACAUUAGCAGCAGAUCCUUCAAGUCCUGUAAGUUGCGAGGUGGAGCCACCAUGAAUCGGACUUGCUGGCCCAGCACUUCCCACAGAUGCUCAAUCGGAUUGAUAUCUGGGGAAUUUAAAGGCAAGGGUAACACCUUGAACCCUUCAUCAUGUUCAUAAAACCAUUCCUGAACAAUGUGUGCAGUGUGGCAUGGUGCAAUAUCCUGCUGAAAGAGGCCACUACCAUCAGGGAAUACCAUUUCCAUGAAGGGGUGUACCUGGUCUGCAACGAUGUUUAGGUACAGAUGAAUGUGGAAUGAAUGGCCGGACUCAGGGUUUCCCAGCAGAACAUUGCACAGAGCAUCACACUUCCUUCCACCGGCUUGACGUCUUCCCACAGUGCAUUCUGAUGCCAUCACUUCCCCAGGUAAAUGGCGCACACAUACACAGCCAUCUCCAUGAUGUAAAACAAAACGGGAUUCAUCGGAACAGGCGGCCUUCUACCACUGCUCCAAGGUCCAAUUCUGACGCUCGUGUGCCAAUUGUAAGCGCUUUCAACGAAGGACAGGGGUCGUAAUUCUGACUGCUACGCAGCACCCAUAUGCAGCAGGGUUAUGCACUGUGUUUAACAUCAUUUACAGUAAAUGUUAAAUGCACUGUGUGCAUAACAUCAUUUAAAAUUUUCAGUUUGGACCAGACGGGAUAGCCUUUGUUGCCCUCAUGCAUCGAUGAGCAUUGGGCACCCAACAACCUGUUGCAGGUUUGUGAUUUGUCUCUCCUCGGACUACUGUCUGUAGGUACUCACCACUGCUGACCGGGAGGACCCCGCAAGACUUCAGAGAUGCUCUGACCCAGUCAUCUGGCCAUAAGAAGUUGGCCCUUUGCUCAGGCCUUUACUCCUGCCCAUUUCCCCUGCCUCCAACAUGAUUGUUUGCUUACAAUCUUAUCUACACACUGACAUGUGGCCUUGUUAGGAGAUGAUCAAUGUAAUUCAAUUCACCUGUGAGUGGUCAUAAUGUUUAGGCUCAUCAGUGUAUAUUUAAGUUGAUAAAGUUGUUUCAUUAUCGGGACAACAUUAGUAUUUUUUGUUUGGUUAAGAGAAUUUGGUCAGGAGAUUUCUAGUUCCCAGCAUGCUUUGCAUGGCACAUGAGAUAAAUUAGGUGUUAAUGUGUAUUUAUGCAAGAUAAAUGUAAAGGGGGACACUUUUUAGCCUGAGCUUAGUUUGAGGGCAGGAACAUGGUGAAAAUGCUCUAAAUUACUUUACUCAUUCAGCUAUUGCUAUGCUAAUCACAGCAAAGGUGUUUCCCAUUAGCAUGCAUUUAGCAUGCUAGUAUUCACUAAACUAUCUAGUUAAUCAUGGAAAGAGACUCAUUUGAGUUAAUGUAACAUGUCCAAUUUAGCUGGGUUUACUUAAUUCAAUUAGGUUCCCUCUACUUGAAGUAUUUAGGUUGAGAUUACAUGGGGAAUUAAAUUUAAGAAAACUUGUUUUAAUCAUGUGGUUUAAUCAAAACAUAUAAUUUUAUAAAACCACUUACAUUAAUUCUUCUGUUAAAACUUGUGUAUUAUUUGAGCAAUAAAGUUUUAGAAGUUUGGAUCUUCAUUUUAGGGUUUACUGUGUUAAGUCGUCAAUUUUAAGUCAUAAAUCCCUUGGAAGUUUGAUGAGGCCCCAUGAUUGAGAACCACUGCUCUGUAUGUGAAAACUGACAGUAUUGCAUUAUAUUACAUUGAAGAUUAACUGUAUUGUACUCAAGGAUUGCAUUGUUUUGUAAAUGUUAAAAAUAACAAUAACCAGAGAAUGAAGCAGCAAAAGUACAAAAAGAAACAUCGAGUUUAUCACGGCAAUUUAUGCAGUUCAGCCAUGCAAAACCUUAUGUUAAAAUGUCACUAGUGUGUGGGUGAAUGCAUGCAUGCUUGGGUAAAGUGACCAGAUUUCUGAAAUGCAAAAUAGGGAAAUUUCAAGUUCAGUGUUCGAUAGGUCAUUGAAAUUUCAUGUUACUUAUUAAAAAGGGGACAAAUUGGAUUUGAUGUAUUGACCUUGGUGAAUGUGAUAAUGUGCUUAACUAUGCACUGUAAGAAAUUAUUUUGCUUAAACUUAAAAAGGUAAGUAACCUGGUUGCCUUACAAUUUAGAUUUCAUUUAAAUAAAAAUUUGAUAAUAAAAUAAAUGAAUGAUAAUUUGAAUAAAAAGGUCUUGUAAACUAGGUGGCAAAUUAGUUGCAUUAACUAUUUUAUUUGUAUUUUUUUAUGAUAUCAGUGCAUUG